UUCUUUCGUAAAUUUGCAAGCGUGUGCGUUGGGUAAUAAAAUGGGAGACUCUAAACCGACCGUAGACAAAAUGGGAGACUCUAAACCGACUGUGGGCAAUGUGGGAGACGCUAAACCGACGGGAGAUGAUAAAAAAACGACGGGAGAGGAUAAACUACUGACCAUAGAGAAAACGGGAGCCAAUAGACCGAUAAUAGAGUUCUACUAUCCUGGAGAUAUUAUUCCUAUUGGAACAGCUUAUGUAUCAAUUCUUCGAAAGGAUUUGCACCUUGUUAUGUGCGAAAAUUGUUAUUCAACACCUGAUGAUUCAAUGAUUCUCUGCCCAACCUGCAAAUUCACCAGAUAUUGUGGAAAAGAAUGUCAGGAAGAGGCCUUUGCAGACCAUCAGCUUGAAUGCAAAAUUUUGCCGAAUUUACCAGAGCAAUUCCGUGAAGUUGUGCAUAUGGUGGGCAAAGUCGUUCUGAAAGUAAAAGGUAAAGACUGGAAUGAAAUAAAGGAAAAAUUCCGAGAUACGGAUACAUACGUGAGUUUUGCCGACCUCAAAUCUUAUACGGAAGAAUUGAAAGACGACAGUUAUUUUCAAUCAUUCUGCAAGGAAAUGACUACUCUUGUUGGGAAAUAUAUUGGUGAAGAAAACAUGCCAGAAGAAGAUGUUUUUAAAGAAAUACUUGGAAAGGUAAAAAUGAACGCGUUGACGGACACUGUUCAUAAGAGAGACAUUAACAAGCUUACUAAGAAUCCACAGAUGCCCUCAGUGUUUAGUAUAUUCUUAGGUAUUUCUAAACUCAACUAUUGCUGUCGACCGACUGGCUCUAUUUAUGUCAACCGUCGUCGGUUAGUAUUGUGCGUCAACAAACAGGUGCUUAAAGAUCCUGACAAGGUGACUUAUAAUUGUCUUCCUAUGGUUUAUUACCUGUGUUCAGACAAAGUAUUAAAUUAUUCAACACACAUGUUUUUCAAGGAAUGCCCCUGCGCUGAAUGUAUCUUACCAUACGGUACGUCUAUUCUUACGAAAGUCUUGGAUAGAGAAAAGGCCCCUAAAGUCCUUGUGGCUACAAAAGAGAUCCUGCGCACAGCUAAUUUGAUAGACCUAAAAUCACUCCAGGAUGAAGUGCCAAAGGAAACUGUAGACAGAGUUCUGCGUGAUCAAGAUAAUGUUCUUGGGGUCACUAACAUUUUUCGCCUGCGUCUUCUGGCUCUGCGAUGCUUCGCCUACAUAGGACCUCUGGAAGAUAACAUCCAGACUCUCGAAGCACUAGUUGUAGGCAUACAAAUUGCAUUUGGAAUAUAUUGCAGAGAAUUAAUUCCAGUUUAUGAGAACUUGGUGGAAGCUUACCGGAGACUAGGGAGUUCUGAUAAGCAAAAUAAGCAGAGAUUGUUUUCCUUAAAGCUACUUCGUCUUAAUCGUACCAUACGGGAUGCAUUCAAGUAGUCCUUUGUUGAAGCAAGCAGUUCCUGGAUUUUCCUUUGUACAAAACUGAAGCUUGGUAAAUAUGAGCCCAAUUUUGUAGCUUCAGAUUACAUCAGGGAUACGUUUUUAUACAAAUAACAUAGCUUAAUUCUUUGAAUUUGAUACCUGUAUGUAAACCGUGCUAUUUAUUUAUUCUGUCAGUUUGUUCAUAUUGUACUGCUUUUUUUUGUGAAAUUUUAAUGUUUUUCUUGUGAAUUGUGAAAUUUCUAACCUGACUGGCAAUAAAGCAAAAUAAUUGCA